GUUACCAUUAAAAGAGCAGCAAUUAUGUUGCGGGUAUCAAUUACAGCGACUACUUUAUUCGCGUAUUUGAUAAGCUUUCAUAUCUUAUUCUAACGGGAUUGUACAGUUUAAAACACACAUUUAGAAGUGAAAAUUUUGUGUGAACGGAGCGGUCAGAUGUAUUCGCUAAUAAGGACCUCAAAUAAAAAUCUUUUUGUUGUCCAAUCAAAGGAAAUUUCCUGGAAUGGUACUAGGAGUGUGCUCUUUAAGCAUGAGGGAAAAGGGCAUGUUGGUCUCCUUGUUUGUAAAUCAAAUAAUUAUAGUUCCCUAUUGGAUAGAAAAAUAAGGGAAGAAAAAAAUGGAAAUUUGCCAAAACAAAACAACAAUAAGGAGAAAGAAAAUGCCAUAUCACAGAAAAUUCGAGUUAAACCCGGGGUUUACCAGGACAAAUCUAAUCGGAAUGUCGGCAAGAUUGCUGCUAGUAUUACAAAAAUGGAAUAUUCAUUAAACCAAGAUGAUUUACCUACAACUAACUUAGAGUUUCCUGAGGAUGUCACAUUAUGUUGUUUUAGUGAGAAGUAUUUGAACAAUGGGGAGGAUCCUCUAGUUCUUAUUUCAUCACCAACGCCAGAAAGCCACUUACCUCUAAAACCAUCAAAGCCCUCCUCCAAUAUAGACUUAAGCUCGACACUUUUAAAUAAAUGGGUUUCUAAGGACAAAUCUGGUUUGGAUCUUAGCUUGGUUUCUGCAAAUACUACGCAAGGCAAUAACACCAUUGAAUGUUUAAUAAACCAAUAUGAUUUAUCUACUAAAGAGGAUAGUCCGGAAGUAGAAUUAUUUUGUCCCGUUUCUAAUGUAUCACCGACUCAGUUACAUCCAAUAAAAUCGACGUCCACCUACAAAACAAUUUUAAACUCGACCCAUGGCGAAGGAGUUUCUCAGGAUAAGUGUGACUUGGAUGUUAGCACAAUUACCGCAGAUACUUCGAAAUGCGAAUCCAACAUUGAUAGUUCAUUGAACCGCGAGAAUACGUCUAAUUCACAGUAUGUUCCGGACACCAGCUUAUGCUCUACUUUUGAACAAAGCCUAACAAUUAUAGAGGAUCCUCUUAAUAUAAAUUUGGUUACAGUCCCUCUCAAAGGCAAAGUCAAGAAAAGGCAUUAUUGCAAAUUUUGCGGUUCAUUGCAGACUCAGAUUGGAAGGCAUUUGCUUUUGAAACAUAAGGCUGAGAGAGAAGUAAAAACUGCGAGCAGGUUGCCGGCAAAGAGUGAUGAGCGUAUGAAAAUUUUGGCAAAAUUGCGGAAAGAAGGUGAUUUUGUUCAUAAUACUAACAAAACUGCAAACACUGGCAUUUUAAUUUUACCAAGAAAUCCACAAAAGAAGUUUGCGAAAAGUGCCACUGAUUUGACUUGUUGUUGCACUUGUAAGGGCUUCUAUUCCAAAAUGAGUUUUCGACAACACCGGUAUAACUGCCAUAAAGUCAAUAGGGCUAGAAAAAAUAAGUUAACUAUAGCAGCGGGUAAAGCACUAACUCAAUUUUACCAUCCAGCGGCCAGUCCAGUCCUAAGAACGAAGAUUUUGCCAGUUCUCAAUGACGACGUUGUAACCGAUUCCAUCAGGUUUGAUGAACUCAUAAUAAAAUAUGGUAGGAGGAUGGCCGAGAAGUACACGUCCCCCCACAAUUACGAAAUGAUUCGUGCUCAUUUGCGGUAUUUAGGCAGGUUUAAACUUCAGGCUAUGGCUUUAGAUCAUGAAAUUACCGAAUUAAAAGACGUCUUUAGGCCCCAAAAACAUGAUAUGUGCAUAGAGGCUAUAAAAAAAGUAGCCAGUUGGAAUGAGGAACGGCAAUGGUAUGAUCAUCCACAAGUGGCGAUAAUACUUUCGUCUUUAAUAAAAAAAUGUGCAUAUACAUUGCAAGCGGAAUAUGUUAAAGAUCUAGCGGAAGAAGAUAAAAAGAAAACUGUCCGUGAUUUUAUCUUACUGUGGGAAGAAGAAGUACCUACGGUUAUAAAUAGAAAAGCCCUUGAAGACCAGAGCAACCAAAAGCGGAUAAAAAAAGUUGUCCUGCCAACAAAAGAAGAUAUUAAGAAAUUGUACUUUUAUCUUAAAAACUUAGUGGCCGAAUAUAUUUCGAAAUUGACAAGCUUUGAUAUGGACAGUUACAUCGAAUUGAAUAAAUGUACUUUAGUGCUCAUACAAAUCUUUAACAGAAGAAGGGCUGGAGAACUUGAGCGCAUCCAAAUUGCUAACUAUACCAACAAAGAAAUUAUAACAAACAGAAUGGAGAAGGAGCUGCUGAGCAAUUUAUCUAAUGAAGCAAUAUUUUUUGCAAGACAAUAUGCUAGGAUUAACCUAAGAGGCAAACUAGGCCGCACUGUACCUGUGCUUCUUUGUCCUUUAACAGUUAAAGCAAUUGAUAAAAUUUUAGAAUACCGCAAAAAAGCAGGGAUAACUAUUAAAAACCCUUUUAUAUUCGCAAACCCGGUAGCUUCCAAAACAUCCAACCAAUACUUUCGUGCAUGUACUUUGAUUAGACAGUUUUCCACUGAAUGCGGUGCAGAAAUUCCGGAAAGUCUGCGUGGAACUAAAUUGCGUAAACACAUAGCCACUUAUAUGUCAAUGAUUAAUGCAGAAGAGGCCUCUAUUGAUAAAUUAGCCAACUUUUUGGGACAUCAUAAAGAUAUCCACAAAAACGUUUACCGAGCAACAAUUCCAGAAGCUGAAGUAAAUUGCGUGUCCCAAAUUCUUAUGGCAGCAAUUGGUAUUAGUGAUAAUGGCGUUAACGACAAUGAAAGCGAUGAAGAUGCCGCAGACGACGAAUGUGAAGGAGGUAACGUUGGUGAUGAAGAUAGUAGAGGUAACGUUGGCAACCAAGGUAAUGGAGGUAACGAAGUGGAUCUUGGUAAUGGAGGCAAUGUCGGUGAUAGAGUUGACUUAGACGACCAGAGCAAUGGGUAUGACGCAGCAGUAAUUGGCGAUCAAAAUAUCAUCACCUCUACCGUGGAAGAUCAAAAUGGAGAUCCAGAUUACAUGCCAAAGAAGAAGAGAAGAAGUACUUCUCCCUAUGGAAAAACGAAACGUCGGAGAUGGACACCAAUGGAGAAAGAAGUGCUGCGCAACGAGCUGGGAGAUCUUGGAAGAAUAAAAAAACUUCCUACCGUAUUAGAAUGCCUCAAAUUAAAAAAAAAAUACAAUAUUUUGGAGGGAAGAACCCCUCAGCAAAUAAAAUCUUUUAUUGAUAAUCAAAAAAAGCCUUAUAGGGACAAGGCCUAAUGAGUGAAUUUCGAAUAUUAAUUUAUUUCUUAAUUGGUUUUAUUUAAAAAACUAUUGCUUCA